AUGGACGUCGUCAGGGAGCCCUUCGCCGUCCUCGGCCUGUACACCUUUUCGCCCUUUGCCCCCGUCGUCUUCAGGCCCCAUCCACACGAGGCCCUGCCCAGUGACAUCGAGACGUAUCCCCCCCGCCCGCUUCUGCAAUGGAUCAAGCAAGUGAGCGACUACGCCCGCUCCGGCCGCCUCCAAGCCGCCGUCCUCGUCCUCUCGCUCUUGAUCCUCGCUCUCAACGUUUUGCUGCGGCGCAAACAGCGCCCUGUUCCUUGCACCAACCCAGCGUCUGCCAUCAAGUGGCCCUACGAGAUUGUGUCCCAGCUCUGCCGAGCCGCCGCCGUCGCCUUUCUAAUACAGGCCUACACCAACAACCACGCCCACCUGCCCAUUGCUGUCCUCGCCGCCUAUGUAUGCGGUCUGGGCCUCGUCCGCCUCAGCUGCACUCUCCAAUGGCGUCGCCACAUCAUCUAUCACGUCAACUUGGCCCUGAUCGCCACCCUCGCUCUCCUAGCUGCCUCCGAGUACUUGCCUUGCGCCCAGCUUCGCUACGACUGCUCCUCCGAUCAUGGUAUCCACGCCGCCCUCGUCUCGCUCCUCGCCGCCCUUGUUGCCGCCGCCGCCACACCCACCGAAUGGCUACCGCCCCGGCUCCCCUACGACAUCCCCGACUACGACCCCGACGCGGAGCCCGCCCCCGAAGAGACAGUUAGCUGGUUCAACUACUUUUGCUCUUACGACUGGCUGACCCCAGUCAUCUGGAAAGGCACCCGCGGCCGUCUCGAUGCCUCCGCCGUCCCCAAGCUGGCUUGGUACGAUGAGCCGCUUUACCUGCUGCGCAAGAUUCAGCACGCCCGCGCCCUCAGCAAAUCCACCAUGUGGACUUCGCUUCGCUUUCAACGCUCCGAGCUCGCCCUCAUGGCUUUCUGGACCGGCUCUGCCUUUGCCGUCGAGAACGUUGCCCCCUUUGGCAUGUUUAAGCUUCUCGAAUACCUAGAUGUUCCCACCAUUGCCACAUACCGCCCCUGGGUCUGGCUCGCCAUGGUCUUUCUUGGCCCCCUCACCCGUUCCUUGCUCUUCCAGCAGUACGUCUUCACCUCUACCCGCCUCAUUGUUCGCAUCAAGUCGGCCAUGACCCAGGAGCUCUACCACAAGGCCCUCGAAUCCAUGGAACUCGAAGACGACCCUUUCCAGAGCGCAAAACGUGGCGGCGAUUCCAAAAAGGAAAGCUCUGCCAAGACUCAAAAGAGUACGUCAGCUGGCCGCCUCGCCAACUUGAUGGCUGCCGACGUCGACGCCAUCUUCCGUGCCAGAGAUGUCAUGAUGGUUUUCGUCGGCGUGCCGGCUGGAACAAUCAUUUCCCUUGUUGGUCUCUACCAGAUGCUCGGAUGGGUCUCCCUCGUAGGCACCGCAGUCCUCAUCCUCGCCACCCCCAUUUCCUUUUGGCUCUCAAGAACCAUGUACAAGACGCAAAUUGUUGUGCGAAAGACACAGGAUGCCCGAAUUUCCCUCGUCACCGAAUAUCUCGCUUCCAUUCGUGCCAUUAAAUUCUUCGCCUGGGAAGACGCCAUUACCAGCAAGAUCAUUGCCGCCCGAGCCAGGGAGCAAAAGGGACUAUGGAACAUUGCUGUGCUGCAGACUGUCAUCAACCAAGUAACCCAAGCGUUUCCCUUCUUUUCACUCCUCGUCAUGUUUGGCCUCUACGUUGGUGUUGGAGAUCGUCGCCUUGACGCCUCGACUGCGUUUACCACCGUCUUCCUGGUCAAGAACAUUCGCCGAAACAUUAUGAUGGCGAGCUCCCUCAGUCGCUCGUUUGCCGGGGCCAUUGUUGCUUUUGGCCGUCUCGACAAGUUUUUCGGCACCGCUGUACCUCUGGUAGAAUACCCCGUCGGGCCACUUCGCAUCAUCAAUGCUUCCUUCCGCCGCAACAAGAAGGCCGUUUUUAGUCUCGAAAAAAUCUCGCUUAAUUUUGUCGAAGGUGGCCUGAAUGUCAUCACAGGCCAGAGUGGCAGCGGAAAGUCGACUCUGCUCCUGGCCAUAUUGGGUGAAACAUAUCUCGAGACUGGUGCCGUCACGGCCCCGUCGGAUAUUGCGUAUGCUUCACAGACCGCCUGGCUCCAGAAUGACUCCAUACAGAACAACGUGCUAUUCGGCAGCCCCAUGGAUCGCAUCAGAUAUAACCGUAUCCUUGAGGCUUGUUGCCUGCUUACUGAUCUCCACGAGCUUCCGCUCAAGGACCAGACUACAGUUGGCGAAAAUGGCACCUCGCUAUCUGGCGGCCAAAAGGCCCGUGUAGCCUUGGCACGCGCUCUUUACUCUGGUGCUUCCCUCAUCCUCCUCGACGACAUCUUUUCUGCUCUCGACGCCAAGACCUCCGCCGGUGUUUGGAAGCGAGCCUUUUGCUCCAACCUGCUGAAAGGCAGGACCACAGUCUUGGUUACCCAGAUUCCCUGGAUCUCGUCUCAGGCCGAUUACGCCAUCUCUCUCGACAAGGGCCGCGUUGUCCGUGCCGAAGCCAAUAUUGGUGCCGUCAGGCGCCCAAUCACCAUUGCCCAAGUUCUUGGGGGUGACGGCGAUGAAGAUGGCGACACGGAGACCCCCAUGGAAGCCGAGUUAGAGGAAGACGUUGCGGACACUCGCCGCAAACUUCUCAAUGGCUCUGGCACUAAAGACGUCGUCAAUCAAGAAAUGAGAGCCUCCGGUAAGGUCGGCAGACUGACCUUUGUGGAGUACAUGGGCUACUUUGGCAGCCCCAUCUUUGGCAUUUCGUGCAUUGUCGGUCUUUUCCUGAGCAACAUAUUCUUCUUUGGAGGCACAUUUUGGCUGUCUGUGUGGGUCGAAGCCUAUAAUAAGAAGGGCUACGUUGACAUUGCCUUCUAUAUGGGCAUCUACGCUGCCUUUACUUUCCUGGAGCUUCUCAGCUUCGGCUUCAUCAUCGUCAUGUUUGAGUGGGGUGCAUGGCGUGCCGCCCGUAAGCUGCACAACGAUUUCAUUCGCGCCGUUAUGAGCGUUCCCCUCUCGUGGUUCAGAACCGUUCCCGUCGGCCGCAUCACGAAUCGCUUUUCUGGCGAUAUGGCCUCCAUUGACGGCAUGCUCAGCUCACUCCUCCGAUCAGCACUCGAUGCCAUCAUGAUGCUAUUCUUCCGCAUUGCCGCUAUUAGCUCCAUCAUGCCUGUUUUCAUGAUCCCGGCACUCUUCACCUGCCUUUUUGGCGUCGUCAUCGGUGAAAUGUACACGCGUACUGCUGUCGUCCUGAAGCGACUCACAUCGUCAUCGCAGUCUCCUGUCUUCUCCCAAUUUGCGGAUACACUCUCGGGACUGGCCGUCAUCCGUGCCCGAGAAGGCAAGAGCAAGGAGUUCGGUAAGGAGCUCGCUGCCAAGCUGAGAGUAUGGUCGGCGGCGUCCGAGACCAACUACAACUGUAACCGUUGGGUGGCCGUGCGAGUUGAUUUUGUAACGUCUCUGGUCGCUCUAUCGGCUGGUAUUAUUGCCAUUAAUCAGGCCGGACUGGUUGGGGCAGGCUUGGUUGGUUUCUCCCUCACCAAUGCCAACGGCCUGAACCAGACCAUCUUGAUGCUAGUCCGCGCCAUGAACGACCUUGAGGUCGAGAUCCAGAGCUUCCACCGUGUCAAGGAGUACGUCAAGCUGGAGCCUGAAGAUGCUCAUGAUACCCCAUAUCCCGACGAGGAAGACUAUGCGGAUGACGAAACAAAGAUUGUCCCGAAGAACUGGCCUCGCGGUGGUGACAUUGAGUUCCGGGGUGUGACUAUCCGAUAUGAUCCCGAUGGUCCCAACAUUUUGACCGACGUCAACCUCAAGUUCAAGGCUGGAGAACGGGUAGCUGUCGUCGGCCGCACCGGCUCUGGCAAGAGCACUCUAGUGCUCUCUCUACUUCGCUUCACACAUAUCGUCUCUGGACAAAUCUUUUACGACGGCGUCGACAUAACCCACGUGCCCCGCGACCGUCUGCGCAAGGGCCUGACCAUUAUUCCCCAGGAAGCAGUGCUGUUCAACGGCACCGUGGCGUCCAACCUCGACCCCACGGGGCUCAUUCCCCACGAGCGUCUGGAAAAGGCCCUAGAGAACUGCCGCGGCAUCGCCUCCUUUUCCGGCAGCGACUACUCAUCCGACACGGAUGCGGAUAGUGGUCGCCACAACCACGGCAUCUCGCUCGAGACAGACGUGGACGCGCAGGGCGAGAACUUUUCUCACGGCCAGCGGCAAGUUCUGUCGCUGUGCCGCGCGCUCAUACGUGAGAGCAAGCUGAUGCUUCUCGACGAGGCGACGGCGAGCAUGGACUAUGAGACGGAUCGCGGCAUCCAGCAGGUGCUGCGGGACGAGCUGGCCAGCGCGGGUGGCGCGCGCACACUCGUCACCAUUGCGCACCGUCUGCGCACGAUUAUUGACUACGACAGCGUCGUUGUCAUGAGCGCGGGCCGAGUCGUCGAGUUUGGCUCCCCGCGGGACCUCUUUGCCGCGCGGGGGCUCUUUUAUGACAUGAUCUACCACAGCGGUGAAAUGGACGAGCUCAAGACGAUCCUCAAAGUGGUGGACGACAAGGAUGCCGCUUCGAUGCAAUCGUCGAGCACGCAGGUCGAGCCGGUAGAGUAA